AUGAACUUUCAUCGAAAGAGUUUGCAAACCCUGCAGCCCUACAACCAAUGGAGCCCGGAUGGUGCUGAGUCAGAAGGGGAUGGGGAGUCGGGAUGUGAUGGCGAUGGGCUGGUCUACGAUCCUCAGGAUUACGAACAGGAUUCCGAUGUGGAUGAAUGGUUUGACAACUUCCUCAAGAGUUCUUCGAAUUUGGGCUCUGAGGCAGAUGCCCCAAAGGCUUUGCCAGACAAGGUCGAACCGGAUGAAUGCACGCGUCCUGUUGCCCGGCCACUUCAGCGGAGCAUGACAACAGGUCCAUCCAGUGGAUCAAAUGUGCUUAUGAUUGAGGAAUCCCCUGUCAAGGUUGAGGUGCUGGGCGAGGAUGACAAGAAUCCAUCAAACGACACGAAGGCCAAGAAGGUAGAGCAGAUCGCGCAACUCCGAGAGCACCUUAAGACUUUGGAGCUUCAAAUGGCCAAAGCCGCGUCAUGCCAUGCUGUCAUCGCUGCAGAUUUGAAGAGCUCUUCAACUUCAUCGGUUCUCGUCGAUGAAUCGCUCCCAUAUGGUCAAGAUUCAGAUCCCACUAUUCCCAUGGAUCUGUCCUCUGGUGUAACAGCAUCGGUAGAGGGGAUGAUUGCGAGGGGCGAACAAGCGGAUGCUGCUCAACUCCCUGAAGUCGAGACAAAGGAUCAGGAGGCCAACACUCCUGAGAGACGCGAGCUGUUUCCAGACCCUGCUGCUGAGCCUCCUGUGCCUGAGGCAGCUUCUUCCUCAACGAAGCAGCCCAAGAAGAGGGCCAAAGCCAAAGCGCAGGGAAAAGCAAAGGCGAAGGCAGCUCCUUCCCAGCCUGCAGAGCCUGCCCAACCCGAAGCUGAGGCAGGUGGGUCUGCCCCAGAACCGGAUGAUGGAAAGGUGGCAGCCGAUGGAAAGAUGGAGCCUGCGCAACGCCUCCCAGGUCAGAGGAUCCAGAAGCCUGCUCUCAAGCUUUUGAAGGAGUCCAAGGCUGACCCAGCUGUCUGGUUCCAUGUCCAAGAGCUGCACAAGGCUCUGAAAUUCCACAAGCUCACUGACAAGAAGGAGGUGCCCAAAUAUGAUUUUUGGAGCCUUAGCAUGUAUUGGCAAACCAAGAGGGUGGGGCUGCUCCAGAAGCAGGAGUCGGGCUUUGUCCAUGUCACGUCCUUCGGGUGCACUUGGUGCAAGAACAUUGCGAUGUGUGCCCACGCAGCCCGUAUGUUUAUCAACUUCGUUGGUGGUGACAAACCGGUGGCAAAGUGCAAACCCCUUGAUGACGAGGUGGUUGUGGCUUAUUUGAACUCCUUGACGGAGCUUGUGAAGGCUGUUGGAAUUGCUGAUUCCCUCGGCUUGAGUUUGGAGGACAUCGAAAUUUAA